CGAUGACACAGCGAGUUGUGCAGAGGGCGUGUAGCACAAUCUCUCUCUGUCUCUCUCUCUGUCUCUCUCUGGAGUGAACACAGAGGACUGGAGCACUCGAGCCCAGAGGACGACCAGCUUCGACAUCCCACAGGAAAAAAGACACAAAGGCUUGACCGUGUGUUCCAAAGCCAUAAUGAUCUCAUACACUAUCAUUGUUUCAUUCUUUCUGCUGGGCAUGGUCAGCGCUCAGACUGGGGUGAUUCUAGAAGCAUGUGGGAACCAGGAAGUGUUAGAGAUGAUGUGCAAAAUAAACAGCACUUCAAUUAAUACUUGCAUCUAUUACUCAAAGGAGAAAGUGGUAGUUAGUUCUGGUGGAGUACCCCCGCAGGACAGCACUUACAAGGACAGGGCCAAAAUAGUUAAAACAGACAAAGUUUGCAAGCUGACACUGACUGGCCUCGAGGACCAUAACCAGACGUUUACUUGUACUAUCAAUGACUUUAAACCAGUCUUAAAGACUGUGAACAAGAAAACCCUGAGCCCUUGCUCAGCAUGUAGUGUCAUUCAGCACACCGGCGUGUCCCUGCUGUUGGCCCUCCUUGCCAGCCAUCUGAUGUCCAAGCUUCUGUGAGCCAAGGUGAUGCUCAGAGAAGAACUUAAGCCCUGCAUGUUUGCCGGCGGUUCUGCUGUGGCACCGUAGCCAAUAAUUCAGCACUGCACUGAAAGAAAUGCUCCUUUACUGCUGCCAACCACUAAGUGCUUUGUGAUUUUAAAUCAGAAGAAUAAUUUAUGUGGUAUUGUGUUUGUUUUUUUUUUUAUUUUAUUUUAUUUCACUGCAGCUUUUGACUUCAGAAACCGGUAUUGAUCGAGGUAGUGAUGGGCUUUUUCUACAUUAAUGCUUUGUAUUAACAUUACUUACUCACAGUAUAUUCAUGCACCGGGUUCAGUGAUUAUGACAUCAUUAUUAACUGUUAUGUACUGAUAGAUCAUGCUAACUGUAACGUGUGCUUGUUUAAACUUUGAUUGUGCUCUCGGUGGUGUCUUAUAAAGUUAUAAAAUGUCCAGUU